UACCCAACCCAAUCCGGUAAUAUAGCCGACGACGUCACGGGGCUCUUGCCAUUGCCGCCCAACUCGCAUCCACCAGUCACCCAUCUUAACUGAUCACCGUCUUCCUCCGCUUGCGGCUCGGCUCUUCCGUCGCAUCCCGUUCAUCCUCUGGUUCCCUAUUGACUCCUGCACGUCAUCUCUGCGCAAAGGACCAGUCCUUCUGAGACCUCCCCUCGAUCAAUUAUUUCCCUUGGUCUCUCUCUCCCCUCCCAUUCCUCCCUACUUAUCCGCCCUCCACCCCUGAUUUCGCGUCCGGUUCCUAUCCCGACCGUCCGAUUCCUCGUGUACCUACCGAAGUCGAAGUCGAAUCGAAAAGGAAAGAGAAGAGGAUCACAAUGCAUCGCACCUAUUCUAUGCGCCAAUCGCGCGCCCCCACGGCCUCGCAGGUCGAGAAUCCUCCCCCGCCGUUGUCCACUACGAAGACCAACAGAUGGCUCGGGAAAGGUGGUUUGGGCCAUGCCUUCCGUAAGAACACCGCCGGUGCUUUCGGUCCCGACCUGGCCCGGAAACUCUCGCAAUUGGUCAAGAUGGAGAAGAACGUCAUGCGCAGUAUGGAGUUGGUCGCAAGAGAGCGGAUGGAGACUGCCCAACAACUUUCCAUCUGGGGCGAGGCCUGCGAUGAAGAUGUCUCGGAUGUUACCGAUAAGCUGGGUGUUUUGCUCUACGAAAUUGGUGAGCUAGAGGACUUGUUUGUCGACCGUUACGACCAGUACCGUGUCACCAUCAAGAGCGUUCGUAACAUCGAAGCCUCUGUCCAGCCUAGCCGCGACCGCAAGCAGAAAAUCACCGACGAGAUCGCCAAGCUCAAGUACAAGGAUCCCAAUUCGCCUCGCAUUGUCGUUCUUGAGCAGGAAUUGGUCCGUGCUGAGGCCGAGUCCCUCGUCGCCGAGGCUCAGCUGUCCAACAUCACCCGUGAGAAGCUCAAGGCCGCCUUCCAGUACCAGUUCGAUGCUCUCCGUGAGCACUGCGAGAAGGUCGCUGUCAUUGCCGGCUACGGCAAGCACCUUCUGGACCUCGUUGACGACACUCCGGUCACUCCCGGUGAGACCCGUCAAGCCUAUGACGGAUAUGAUGCCAGCAAGGCCAUCAUCCAGGACUGCGAAGAUGCCCUGACCAAUUGGGUCUCCUCCAAGGCUGUUGUCAAGUCAAACCUGUCCACCCGUUCCCGCACUCUCUCCCAGCGCCACCGCGACAACACCUCCCGGACUCGUGAGGGAGUCGACCUCUCCUCUCAAGACCAGCCCUUGAAGGACCGCGACUCGUGGGUUCCUGCUGACCAACACCCCGGUUACCAGCCCGAAGAUGAUGGUGAAGAAGUCGCCAGCACCGUGGAUGGCGAGACACCCCGGGGACGAGAAGAGGAGAGAGCACCAGUGGUCUCUGUCGUCUAGACAUGCCCUUGAAAAAAAAAAAAAAAAAAAAAAAAAA